CACCGAACUCGACCCUUCGUCUCAUGUUGGAUACGAACUGAAGCAUGCAGCACUUCAUGGCGCAAAACGCUACGAUGAAGCUAUCGAGGCCCUCCAAACGAUGCUUGAGCAGUAAGCAACCCAUGUUGUCAAGAUGCUCAACUUUUUCUUCGGAGCUGCGCAAGCAAUAUGUCAGCCCCUCCGAAGCAGAACAUGCCAUUCGAAAGGUCAUCGAUGUUCAACUCGACAUCGCCCCGCUUCGUCUACUUAACGCCACAACCGGACUCCUAUGUGACCGAGAAGCGCAGAUAAGUAUCUUCAAAAAGAGCACAGAGUACAAUCGGAGCCCAUCGAAGAAGCAGUUGCGACAUACUUUCGUUGAGCCGUUGUUGCAUGACAUCAAGAACAAGGUCGUCUACGAGUUGCAGGCAGCUGGCCAGGGGAUGUCGUGAAGUUGCAAUCAUUAUGCAACUUGGUUCGUAGCAAGACGGAGUAUCACUGGGCAAGCAGCGACUACGAAUUCCUGUAGCCAUAUAACGUAGCAGUACGAUACAAUACCACUCUAAAGAGCUUUCCGUGCUCAGCGUGGACGACAGAACGAACCCACUUGCCCGCCUUGCCUUUGUCAAAUCGCCUAUAUAUAUAUGUAUGAGUUGUGAAUGUAAAAGUCGUAAGUAAGUAAAAAAUGAAUAGACUACGACAGGUCCAAAAAUAUUUUCGAGAAAUACUUCUUCACGCCUUCUGCACCAUGAACGAUUGCCCCAAUCACCCCGUCCGGCCGUAUCACAAACACUUUCGU